CAGUUCUGGUUUUUUGGUAACCUUGAAGGCAUGCUGUAUUGAUGCCAACAACACACCCUUAUCCAUACCUUCUUCACAUUUGAAGUAAGAGAAGAAGAAUUACCAAAAAAAAAAGUAGGGAAUUAUUCUCUAGUUCAAACUCAAAGUAGUAGCUUUUUCUAGCUAUAAAGAAAAAGUUUGGUGAGGAAUCGUUUGUUGUUUUUCACUUACAGCCAUCCUUUCAUCUUCCACUUUGACAACUGUGUCUUUGCCGCUGAUUUUGUUUUCUUUUAUCCAAUUUUCUGUCACUUGUAUCCCUCAAAGCUUUUCGUUCGGCUCUCAGCCCCUACACACAUUUCUACGGUUUGUUUACGAACACUUGGCGUUCUAUGUUUCAUUAACAUUCCUUUGGAGAUUGAAUUCAGUCCACCUUUUUAUAUCUCAAUUUUCCUUUCUAUAAUACUCAAUACAAGUUUGAAUGACGGAAAUAGAAAGCUGGGACGAUGAUCCGGAUUUUGCAUCAGAUGCUGACAACGUUAGCCUGUUUGCUCAGUCCAUAGCCACCACCACUACAAGCGCUGAUACUACACCUGAUGAUGAUUUCUUUGAAGGUUCUCUUGACAAGCUCAACUCUUUAUCUCUCAACCCUUCUUCCAAUUCUCCUCUGCUUAAUAAAUCAACAAAUACUAAAGUCCAUCAACUUGGAAACAAUUCAAAUAAUAAUGGAAGUUUUGAGGAAUACGAAGAUGACUUUGACUUAUCUCCAGAAGAAACCGACUCCGAGUUUCAGACUAUCCGACCAAGCCAUUUAUCUUCUUUAGACCAAAAUCAAACAAUACGUGCUCCAAAGUUGAACACUAUUCGACCGAGUAUACAAUCUCUUGUCCCUGAGAAUAACUACGAGCAUCAAAGGGAUGUGUCUGCUAGGUCUUUUAGUCCCUCGAGUUCCGCUUUAUACGAUUUUGAUGAUUUCUCAUCAUUUGAAAAUGAUUUAGAAAUUGAUCCCGAUACGGAUCUUGCUGACUUGUUGCAAAGGAAAAGUAACAAUAUCGAUCCGAAAUCUUCAUUUUCUAGUGUUGAACAGUCGUCUCUUAGAACUCCUUCUUCUGCUAGAGAAGAAGAUGAUUUCUGGAAUGACUUCGAACUUGAUCCGACAGAAGAGCCAGAAACUAUUUUCCGUAAAAAAGCUCCAGAAAUUACUGUUAAUCCAAAGCAUCCCUAUAUUUCUUCUACCAUCGCUUUUCAUCCAAAGAUUCCUCAGGAGACCAAGGCUUAUCCCAUGUGCAAAGAGAUUUUUCCUUCUCUAUCAAAUGAACAGGAGGCAUUCUCCAAUACUAGAAGCUCUUUAAAACAACCUCCAAAAUCCCAAUCCAAGCAUUUUCAGAACGGAGUUCCUUAUGCUCAUGACACGAUUCGAGCUUCUCAAAUUUCAUCUUCUUCAAAAAAAAAUUCGCCAGGAUUUGCUACAUGGAACCCUACUAGUUUAAAACAAGAGGCUCAGAAUCCCGAUAAUCUCUACCUAGACAUUAAUGAUUUGAAGUUAGCUGCAAAAACGAGUAAGUACAAAACUCGACCUAGACAUGUGCGCAAAUAUGGUGAUGGAACCGAGUUGGAUGGCUUAGAAGAUCUACCGGUUAAUUAUGAUUAUGAAAAUGAGUAUCAGGACAGGUUUCGUUCUCCGGUAAGGAAUCACUCACACAAUCCUGCUCUUCAAUCAAGUCCCAGUCGUAACAAGAGAAAUGAAAACUUGUUAUCUAAUAUCACCAACAUUCAGAGAAAUGAUGCGCGUUACUUUAAGGGUAAUGGAAAAAGUACUGUUACACCUUCAAAGGAAAUGACUUUGGAAGCUCUAUCUAAUGACCAACUAAACUCAAAGACACUAAAAUACCCCAAAAAGAAGCGAGAGCCUACACUAAUAAAAAAUCUUAGCUCUCCUAAGACGCCCAAGUUGGUCGGUAAAAUGCGAUAUAACCCUGCAAAGCAAUGUUGGGAAGGUAACGAUCAUGCUAUCAGAGACUUUGAUGCUCCCCUUUCUCCUUCUAGGCCAGCUCUUAUUUCAAAUAUUUCGGCUAAAAAAGGUAUUCAAGUGGUGGGUAAUAUGGUUUUUGAUCCGACUAGGUUUCGAUGGAUAAACAAUGCCGAUGCACUAGAGGAAGAGCCUGAUCCCUUUGCUGGUCUUGAUGACUUAGAAAACGAAGAUUCUGUUUCGCAACUGGCAGAUAAUACCAAUGAUACCGUUAACAAGUCUAUGAACUCACUCUACAGCCUUACUGAUACAAGUGAAAUCUACGACGUGGGCCCAGAAUUUGAGAAGAAACAGUACGCGGAGGAGAAGCUUUGGCGCAAAUGGGUAGAUGGCUGGUAUCUAUCUACGAAAAAAAACAACAUGAAGCGGCUUUGGGAAUUGUACAAUAUUUUAAAUGCUGAGCAGUAAACUUACUUUUUGGAAAUAUGCAUUAUUGGAAGCAUUGCUAUAACCAACUUAUUUUUUUUAUGUACAUAAUAUUAAUACGGCUAAAUAAAUACAUAAUUUACUCUGCA